CCACUACGGACUGCAAUAUGAAGAUCGUCGUCGUACUCGCACUCGUCGCCAUGGCGGCAGCAAUGCCAACGAAAGAAGUUCAACCGCAAACUUUUAUAGGGCGUAACCCUGGAAAGAUUGUGGGCGGAGUGGAAGCCGCAAUGCACGAAUUCCCUUUCAUGUUGGAAAUUCGACAAGGCGGUCACUGGUGCGGAGCUUCCCUCAUCUCGGAGAAUUUUGCCGUCACGGCUGCACAUUGUGUAGGUGGAUCUCCAUCCCAAUACACUUUGGUCGCUGGUGACCACAAUAUUAACGUCGUCGAAGGUAACGAGCAGACCCGUCAAGUUGUGCAGAUCAUUAUCCAUCCAAGUUAUGAUACCCCGGUCGACACCGAGAACGAUAUCGCAAUUCUCAAGGUCUCUGCUCCAUUCAACUUUACCCCCGAGGUCCAACCCGUUAUUCUUCCAGACCUUAACUUUGCUCCAACUGCCGUUGCCACGGUUGCUGGGUGGGGUGCACUUACAGAGGGUGGUUCAUCUCCUUCCGUUCUGAUGAAGGUUGACGUGCCAUAUGUCGAAGAUGCCCCUUGCAACGCUUCCUAUGCUACUGUGAAUUUGGUAGUUACGGAGAGUAUGGUUUGCUAUGGAGAAGGUGGAAAGGAUUCUUGCCAAGGGGAUUCUGGUGGCCCAAUCGUUUGCGGAGCUGACAAGACACUCUGUGGCAUCGUGUCGUGGGGACGGGGUUGCGCUAGACCAGGCUUCCCCGGUGUCUACACGGAAACUUCGUACUACCGGGAAUGGAUUCGAGAAGUCACUACGCGACAUGAGGAAGAUUCAGCACCUAACAUCGAUGUAACCACGUGCGGUGGACAGAUAGAUGCGUCCUCCGCCGCGGUCAACUUCAACCUCGGCGCCGCCAUUCCGGCUGGACAAAGGUGCGUCUGGACGGUCAAGACUCCCUACGAUUCCUUACGGAUUGGCAUCCAGCAAUCCGGCCUUCGUGCAGAGGACAAGCUUUACGUUACGGAAUUAACUGCGACCGGUCCAGGCCGCCAAUUUGAACUGGCCACCGUCGGCGAAGACUUCAACGUUGCGGGUGGCCUCUAUCUGAUCACUCUCAUUGCUGGACCAACCGUUGGUGCUAUGGGAUUCAGUUUGCAAUAUUUCGCUUCCGGAUAUUUAGACGGCACACCAGCUUUGUCCGGUUACGCCAGCUUGUCUGACGCCUCGGGAUCAUACUCUUACCCAGUUGGUGGUGGUAACUACGCCAAUCGAGAAAACGCCGCGUUCAUCCUUAACCCAACCGAUACAGGCGAUCGCACCUUGACCUUCACUAGGAUGGAUGUGGAGAACGAUUCCUCCUGCAGUUACGAUGCAGUCGCAGUUUUCGUUUGGAUGAACAAUAUGUACACCCAACUAUCCAGGUUCUGCGGAACUACGAUUCCAGCCCCGUUCCAGAUUCCGGGAGGACUUUCCCUCGUCACUUUCACUUCGGACGCCAGCGUUGUCAACACUGGAUUUUCCUUUUCCUGGGCUUAACUUGGAGCCCUUUGAAGUUAUUAAUUGGAUAAUUUAGUUUUAAAUUUUAUAACAUUCUCUAUAUGUUCUGGUAUUCUUCCAUCUUUUAUACUAUUGGAUAUAAAUAUGAAUAA